AUCCCCUUCUCCCCCCUCCCUCACCUCCGUCCAUCCCAUUCCCUCUAUCCCCUUCUCCCCCCCUCUCUCACCUCCGUCCAUCCCAUUCCCACUAUCCCCUUCUUCCCCCCUCUCUCACCUCCGUCCAUCCCAUUCCCUCUAUCCCCUUCUCCCCCCUCUCUCACCUCCGUCCAUCCCAUUCCCACUAUCCCCUUCUUUCCCCCUCUCUCACCUCCGUCCAUCCCAUUCCCACUAUCCCCUUCUUCCCCCCUCUCUCACCUCCAUCCAUCCCAUUCCCACUAUCCCCUUCUCCCCCCUCUCUCACCUCCGUCCAUCCCAUUCCCUCCAUUAUGCACUCGUCCACCUCCAUUACGUCCCUCUUCUCCUUCACCAGUCCAGCGGUGAAGAGGCUGCUGGGAUGGAAACAGGGCGAUGAAGAGGAGAAGUGGGCGGAGAAGGCUGUGGACUCCCUGGUGAAGAAAGUAAAGAAGAAGAAAGGAGCAAUGGAGGAGCUGGAGAGAGCUCUCAGUUGCCCCGGAAAACCCAGUAAGUGUGUGACGAUCCCUCGGUCUCUGGACGGUCGUCUCCAGGUAUCCCAUCGUAAAGGUCUCCCCCACGUCAUCUACUGCAGAGUGUGGAGGUGGCCUGACCUACAGUCUCAUCAUGAACUCAAGGCCUUGGAGUGCUGCCAAUUCGCCUUCGGAUCCAAACAGAAAGACAUCUGUAUCAACCCCUACCACUACAGACGGGUAGAGACACCAGUGCUUCCCCCAGUGUUGGUCCCCCGCCACAGUGAGUUUAACCCCCAACACAGUCUACUGGCUAAGUUCCGGAAUGCCUCUCUCCACCACGAGCCACUGCUGCCACAGAACGCCACCUACCCGGACUCCUUCCUUCCUGUCCUAUGCCCCUCCUCCUCCCUAAACCAGCCCCCAACCCCCCGCAGCUUCCCUAACUCUCCCAGGAGAACAGGAGAGAAAGCCAGCCCGUACCACAUCACAGCAGAGACCCCCCCUCCCCCCUAUAACAUGAUGGAGACGGCCCCAACAGAGGACGUCAAACCUGGAGACCCCUCUAACACACACAAGCUCACCUUCUCAGCUCCACACAGAGACCUGCGGCCUGUCUGUUAUGAGGAGCCAGAGUACUGGUGUUCAGUGGCGUACUACGAGCUGAAUAACCGUGUCAGAGAGACGUUCCACGCCUCGUCCCGUAGCGUCCUGGUAGACGGCUUCACCGACCCCUCCAACAACAACAACCGCUUCUGUCUCGGCCUGCUGUCUAACGUCAACCGCAACUCAACCAUCGAACACACACGCAGGCACAUAGGAAAAGGUGUCCAUCUCUACUACGUUGGUGGUGAGGUGUAUGCCGAGUGUCUGAGUGACAGCAGUAUCUUCGUCCAGAGUCGUAACUGUAACUAUCAGCAUGGUUUCCAUGCCACCACCGUGUGUAAGAUCCCCAGCGGCUGUAGUCUGAAGAUCUUCAACAACCAGCUGUUCGCCGAGCUCCUCUCUCAGUCCGUCAACCACGGCUUCGAGGUGGUCUACGAACUCACCAAGAUGUGUACUAUACGCAUGAGCUUCGUCAAGGGCUGGGGUGCAGAGUACCACCGUCAGGACGUCACCAGCACCCCCUGCUGGAUAGAGGUGCACCUGCACGGCCCUCUGCAAUGGCUGGACAAGGUCCUCACACAGAUGGGCUCUCCCCACAACCCCAUCUCCUCUGUGUCCUAACACACACAGCCCCAUCUCCUCUGUGUCCUAACACUCACAGCCCCAUCUCCUCUGUGUCCUAACACACACUCACAACCCCAUCUCCUCUGUGUCCUAACACACACAGCCCCAUCUCCUCUGUGUCCUAACACUCACAGCCCCAUCUCCUCUGUGUCCUAACACACACUCACAACUUCAUCUCCUCUGUGUCCUAACACACACAGCCCCAUAUCCUCUGUGUCCUAACACUCACAGCCCCAUCUCCUCUGUGUCCUAACACACACAACCCCGUCUCCUCUGUGUCCUAACACACACAACCCCGUCUCCUCACACACAGCCCAAUCUCUGUGUCCUAACACACACAACCCCGUCUCCUCACACACAGCCCAAUCUCUGUGUCCUAACACACAGCCCAAUCUCUGUGUCCUAACACACACAACCCCGUCUCCUCGCACACAGACCCAUCUCUGUGUCCUAACACACAGCCCAAUCUCUGUGUCCUAACACACACAACCCCGUCUCCUCACACACAGCCCCAUCUCCUCUGUGUCCUAACACACACAACCCCGUCUCCUCGCACACAGCCCCAUCUCUGUGUCCUAACACACAGCCCAAUCUCUGUGUCCUAACACACACAACCCCGUCUCCUCACACACAGCCCAAUCUCUGUGUCCUAACACACAGCCCAAUCUCUGUGUCCUAACACACACAACCCCGUCUCCUCGCACACAGCCCAAUCUCUGUGUCCUAACACACACAACCCCGUCUCCUCACACACAGCCCCAUCUCCUCUGUGUCCUAACACACACAACCCCGUCUCCUCUGUGUCCUAACACACAGCCCAAUCUCUGUGUCCUAACACACACAACCCCGUCUCCUCGCACACAGCCCCAUCUCUGUGUCCUAACACACAGCCCCAUCUCUGUGUCCUAACACACACAACCCCGUCUCCUCGCACACAGCCCCAUCUCUGUGUCCUAA